GCCAGCGCGGGGGAGGGGGGCGGGCGGCGCGCGGCGGCGGCGCCAUGUCGAUGGAGGACCCCUUCUUCGUGGUGAAGGGGGAGGUGCAGAAGGCCGUGAACACUGCCCAGGGGCUCUUCCAGAGGUGGACGGAGCUCUUGCAGGAUCCCUCCAUCGCCACAAGAGAAGAAAUCGACUGGACCACUAAUGAGCUCAGAAACAACCUGCGGAGCAUCGAGUGGGACCUGGAAGACUUGGAUGAGACAAUUAGCAUUGUUGAGGCGAACCCGCGGAAGUUCAACCUGGAUGCGACGGAGCUGGGCAUCAGGAAAGCCUUCAUCACCAGCACACGGCAGGUGGUCAGGGAUAUGAAGGAUCAGAUGUCAAACUCCUCCAUGCAAGCACUGGCUGAAAGAAAAAACAGGCAGGUGCUCCUGGGAGAAAGUGGGAAUCAGAGUUGGAGCUCUGGAGCUGACAAAUACAGCCGUCUGGACCGGGAGCUGCAAUUAGCAAAUUCACACUUCAUUGAGGAGCAGCAAGCUCAACAACAGUUGAUUGUGGAGCAGCAAGAUGAGCAGUUGGAGCUGGUCUCUGGCAGCAUCGGGGUGCUGAAGAACAUGUCCCAGCGCAUCGGCGGGGAGCUGGAGGAGCAGGCAGUGAUGCUGGAUGACUUCUCCCACGAGCUGGACAGCACUCAGUCGCGGCUCGAUAACGUCAUGAAGAAGCUCGCCAAAGUGUCUCACAUGACGAGCGAUCGACGGCAGUGGUGUGCAAUUAUCAUCCUCUUUGUCAUCUUGCUGGUGGUGCUCAUCCUGUUUUUUGUCCUGUGAUGGACUGAACUUCCUCAGACGCCCCCUCCCCGCCCCUUUGCCCCCCCAUAGUAUGGGGAAAUGAAACUCUCACCAUUUCCGUCCGCCCACAGAGAUCCCCAGCAAGAAAACCCGCAUCCAGCUCUCACCAUUCUCCUCUGAGGACCUCAGCUCUGCUCACCUGGCCCUGGGGAGAGGGGGUGGAGGACUGGAGCUGCCUUCUCCCCCAGGGCAGUACCAUCCAGCCCUGGGCUCCAGGUCUGGACCUAGCCAGCAGGAGGGAGGGGGAUUCACCCCUGUGCUUCCACCCCGUGCAGGUAGGACCUGGUUGCUGCGGUCCCAAGCCGGAUGCCGAGACAGAGCAGCGAGCCCUGGGAAGGACGGGAUGAGGGGGAGGGAGGGAAGAAACGAAUUAAUUCACUGAGCAUUACAAACCGUAUUGCCAGCCAAAAGCAUUACCAGGAGGAGUGGUGGCAUGAAACCCCAGGCAGCCACAGUGAGGGAGGGGAGCCCUGGCUGAACCCCCACUACCCCACGCUGCCCUCCUCCCACCAGGCAGCUCCCUGCCGCCAACUUACCCUUGUGAGUCGGCAGCGGAGCGUUCCCAUCCAGCCACCCCUUGGCAGGAGCUGACAGCAGGUGAGCUGACAGCAGGUGAGCUGCAGGGUGGAGUGUCCUGCCACUGGCUGGGCACUGUUAGAGACCCCAGAGCUUUACACACGGGUUGUCGAUGCAAGUUGAGAGCUGGCAAACAACCGUUGGCUGGAGAGUCAGUUUCUUAAAGCUUUUGAAAUUGCCUCCUUUGUUAUACAAGCCUCUAAAGCUCAUUGACUGAUGCUUUUCUUUGCCCUUGUAUAACUGACUGCUUCUGUUUAACAGCUGCUUCCCUUUGGCAAGUGCUUUGUCAGGUCUAAAAUAACUUAUUUUUUUUUAAGGAAAAAAAAAACUUUAAAAGAUUUUUGGAUGACUGUUCGAGCCACGUUCUCUCUGCAGGUGCGUGACGCGUUACCAGAGGAGUGGGGUUCAAUCAUGUAUUUUAAGUGCAUAUGAACUUGUAAAUAGGAUGUCUUCAUUUUUCCAACUGCUA